AUGAAUACAUCUGUUACUCCAUCAAUUAUUAUUCGUAGCUAUCAGUCAUCGGAUUUAUCUGCAUGCCAAGCUAUGAUAUUAGAUAGUAAUAAGGAGUAUGAUAAUGACAUAGCAUACUAUAUUCAUGCCCUUCAAACGGAUAUGGCAGAUAUUGAGAAGAAUUAUCUUCAAAUUCCGAAUGCCCACUGGUGGGUUGCUGUGUCAACGGAUGAUAAUCGUAUCGUAGGUCAAGUAGCAGUCCAGCCUCUAUGUCUUGGCGAUCCGAUUUACUAUCAGACUUUGCCGUUGGAAGAAAGAGAUCAAAUUUGUGAAUUGCGACGAAUGACUGUGGUUCCCGAUGCUCAAAGACGCGAUAUUGGUUCUCGUCUAUUAGCAACAUUAUUGAACUUUGCUCGACAGCAUGAUUAUCGAAAAGUACAUUUGACUACAUCAACCAACAUGAUCAAAGCCUGUACAUUCUAUCAAAAACAUGGUUUUGUAAAAGGUGAAAUUCAUCGUUUUUCACUCAAUGGAUUAAAUGUUGAAAAACCUAUACAACACAAAGAACAUUUCUGGGAAAUUCUUCCAAAACCGUUUAUUUUCAAACCUCAAGAUAUAAUACCUGAAGAAGAUCAACAACGCAUGAAAUUACCACCAACGGAAUCGAAAUAUUGCUAUGAACAACAUUUCUUUCUUGCAUUGUAA